AUGACGAAUUCUUGUGAGAAGAAUUGUUUCAUAUUUCCUUUUUUGCCGGAACUUUUGCGUCUUAUUCCAAAGCGUUAUAUUGAAACUAUUUUGUUUCCUGUAACAAAACAACCUGGUGAUAAUGUGAUUAUUACCUUUAUCGAUAAAUCUUCCGUCGAAACAACAUACUAUAACGCUUUACGUUUACUUUUGAAUAACGGCAAAUUGUUACUGCCAUUGAAAGAAUGGACGUGUUUAACGCUAAAAGAAAAAGUACAUGUCGAAGAAGUUCUUCUUCAAUGUAGCCUUUUAAAGAACUCAGAGGACUUGUUACAACUUUUUAACACUUUGCUACGAACGACUACAAACAAUAUACCGUUUUUAAUACAACAAAACGGGUUAACUUGUAUUGAUUUAUUGUUUUACUAUCGUUUUUAUGAAAAACGAAAUCUAAUCAAUUCACCUCAACUUCAUCAAUGGCUUACAACUUUGGAUAAAUCUUUGAAACCCUUACUUUUUGGUCACUCAUUACUCGAAACAGCCUCUCAAACAAGUGUUCAAAAGAACUUUAUACGUACCAUUAUAGAGAACGAUUUAAAACAAGGAAAACAUAAGACUAUUGUAACGCGAUUUCCCCCUGAACCUAAUGGAUUUUUACAUUUAGGACACGCCAAAUCAAUUUGUUUAAAUUUUGGAUUAGCUAAAGAUUUUGGCGGCGUGUGUCAUUUACGAUUUGAUGACACCAAUCCUACAAAGGAAAAUUUAGACUAUAUUGAAUCAAUUCAAAAAGAUGUUCAAUGGUUAGGAGGCAAUUAUGGUCAGCACCUUUACUACACUUCUGAUUAUUUCGAUCAAUUAUAUGAAUGGGCUAUUGAUCUUAUAAAGAAAGAAUUAGCUUAUGUCGAUGAUCAAUCGGAAGAAGAAUUAAAAAAAAAUAGAGGGGAUCUAUUUACACCGGGGAUUGAUUCAAUAUAUCGGAAUCGAUCUGUGGAAGAAAAUUUACAACUUUUCUCAAGAAUGAAAAAUGGUGAAUUUCCAGAAGGAAAGUGUAUUUUACGUGCAAAAAUUGACAUGGCUCAUGGAAAUCUUACCAUGCGUGAUCCUAUACUUUAUCGAAUUCGUUACCAUUGUCAUCCUCGAACUCAAAACAAUUGGUGUAUAUAUCCCAUGUAUGAUUUCGCGCAUGGUCAAAGUGAUAGUAUUGAACGCAUCACGCAUUCCUUAUGCACAUUGGAAUUCGAGGACCGAAAACCACUUUAUAACUGGUUUCAAGAAAAAUUAAAUAUUUUUAAAACUUGCCAAAUCGAAUUCGCUCGAUUGAAUUGCACGUAUACUGUUAUGAGUAAAAGAAAACUUUUGGCACUGGUGGAAGGGAAAUAUGUCACAGGUUGGGAUGAUCCACGUUUACCCACUAUUUCGGGAUUACGACGAAAAGGGUAUCCUCCUGAGGCCAUUCGGGAUUUUUGUGAGAAAAUUGGUGUAGCGAAACGUGAAACGACGCAAUCAUUUGAUUAUUUGGAAUUAUGUGUCACAACAGCACUUCAUCCUAUCGCGUUACGUCGCAGUGUUGUCACACAGCCACUUAAAGUUAUUAUCACGAAUUUUCCUGAAAAUGACGUAGAAACACUUGUUUGCCGGAAUCAUCCUGAAAAUGAAAGUCUUGGUGUUUAUGAGAUCCAUUUCAAUCGAGAGUUAUACAUUGAGCAAAGUGACUUUAUGAUAUCUCCUUGUGACAAAUACCAUCGUUUAAGUCCUAAUGUGGAAGUUCGAUUGAGACACGCUUACUGGAUUAAGUGCCAUGAUUAUAAAUGCGACGCUUUAGGAAACGUUAUUGAAGUGUACUGUACAUAUGACCCCUUAACAAAAGGAGGUGUGUGUCCUUCAUUAUCUCGAAAAGUUAAAGGCACUUUACAUUGGGUCUCCACUUAUGACGCUAUCAAUGUGGAGCUACGAAAAUAUUCAUAUCUUUUCACAACACCAACACCGUAUAAUAUACCAGAGGGUAUGGAAAUUGAAGACUGUGUUAAUAAAAAGUCUCUUGAGAUUCUCAAUGGUAAAGGACACACAUGUUUAAAAUCCUCAGUGCAUCCUUAUAAAGCAUUAAAUACAACGACCACUCCCUGUUACUAUCAAUUUGAGCGCGUUGGAUUUUUUGUCCCUGAUUAUGAUUCAACCGAAGAUCAUCCUAUUAUGAAUCUUACUGUGGCAUUAACAGAUACGUAUAGUAUUUUAAAUGAAGCCAACUGUGCUCCAGCACAGAAAAAAGCAAAUGAGAAAGCGUUUCGAGAAAAAGUUGCUUUAGAACGUAAGGAAAAAAAAGAAAAACGUUUACUUAAAGCACAGAAGAAAGUCACCCUAUCAACGCAGGAAAUAGUGUCAUAAAACAAUUAAUUACCGAGACUUUUAAAGAAUGAAAAGCUUUUCUAAACGCUAAUUGAUAUUUUUUUUUCUUGAAAUUAUUUGGAUACAUAGAAUAUUCAAAAAACUGACUCGAUUAACACUUUUCUAGAGUUAUUAGUAUUCGUUAGCAGUCAUGAAAAAAACGAAGUCAUUCACAUAUUUUGGUUUUUGACAAGCAAACUUUGCUUCUUCAUUGUUCGUACAAACUGUUAUAUUGAACUAUUGUUUUCCACACGACUUAUUUGACAUCAAACCAUUGCGAAAACUCCUUUUAAAAAAACUUCUCAUUCAAUGUGUAUAGUGAAUGCAUUCUUUUAAUUAGUACAGUAAAGACUUUAUUUCUUUAGUAGUACAUAAGCUUUUUUUUUGUGUUUGUUACACAAACGCAUGCAAAGAUACUGUAAGCCUUUUUUUUAAUUCGUAUGGAAAAGAAAAGCUCAUAAUUAAUUAACAAAAAAUCAAGGCGUCAUACUAUGGAAACCUCUCAAAACAUGACUAGUCCUUUUUUGAAAAAAAUAUCUGAAAAUGUAUUAAUUCAACCUUUAGUCGAGCAAAAUAAACAAGAUGUGACUUAUAAGCCCCCACGAUCCUUAACAUUCCAAAUACUUACUGGAUUAAUUUUUGGUUUCUGCUCUGGAUAUGCUUUAUACUGCACUUUAAAGUUCAUUGCUUUUUUCUUAGGAUCCUUUUUCAUUUUUAUUCAACUACUGGAAUAUUACGGUUUUAUAACGACACACCGCGAAAAAAUUCAGCAACGUUUAUAUGAAUUGUCCGAUAUCAAUAACGAUGGACAAGUUAACAUUCAUGAUCUUAACGACUUAAGAAAUCGUGUUAUAACGUUUUUGUCUCAUGGAUUACCAAGUGUUGCUUCUUUUUCUACUGGAUUCAUGUUAGGUGUCAAAAACGUUUUUUGAAAAUUCAAUAAGGAAUAUAUUGCAAAGGUCAUUAAUCGCUCGAUUUUCUUAAUUUUUUUACCUUAUAUAAGUUGAGUGAGGAAACAUGGCCGUAACGUUAAAUAUUGACGUCACAUUAUUUUUUUUAUAGUAAGCCUCUAGUAAAAGAAAAAGUAUUUUUAAGGUCUUUGAAAUGUUUUCUUUUAACGAGGUACGGUUUAAAUUCUUAAAAAAAAAAUUGAAUAAAUUCUUUAUCUCAUGUAUUGUUCGUCUAAUUUUAUUCAACCAAUUACUAAAAUUUCCUUCACACUUCAACAGUUCUUUUACUCAAUUCAAAGGGUUAUUAAUAUGUUUUUAUGAAAUCUCUGUUAAACAUAAAAUAAUUAAGUGUAUUUAGUUUUUUUUUUUUCAUUAUUUCUCUCACUUCAAUAAUCAAUUUCAAUAAAAAAAAACACAUUUAAAAAAAAAAAGACACAUUUGUAUUAAAAAGAUCACUUUAUACUUUGCAUAAAACAAAACCCGUUGCUUGGAA